AUGGGGAGGGCGCCGUGCUGCGACAAGGCGACGGUGAAGAGGGGGCCAUGGUCGCCGGAGGAGGACGCGAUGCUCAAGGCCUACAUUGAGGAGCGUGGCACCGGCAACAACUGGAUUGCACUGCCACACAAGAUUGGGCUGAAGAGGUGCGGCAAGAGCUGCAGGCUGAGGUGGCUCAACUACCUGAGGCCCAACAUAAAGCACGGGGACUUCACCCCAGAGGAGGACAGCACCAUCUGCAAGCUCUACAUUAGCAUCGGAAGCAGGUGGUCAAUCAUCGCCGCACAGCUGCCGGGAAGGACCGACAACGACGUCAAGAACUACUGGAACACCAAGCUCAAGAAGCGGCUCCUCGGCGGCCGCGGCAAGGACCGCGGCGCCAGCACACAGCAACACCGCCAGGGCGAGCUGGACGGCGCCAACAAUGACGACGAGCAGCAGCCGCUGAGCGCGUCGGCGAUGGAGAGGAUCCAGCUCUGCAUGCAGCUGCAGGAAAUGCAGAACCCCCUCAGCAGCAUCGGCAACCACAACAACCCCUUGCACCUGUGGCAGCCUGGCAGCCAUCAUCAGAUAGCCGCCACUUACAGUAACAACAGUAACAACAACAGCAACAGCAGCCGCAGCAGCAGCUUGGAUGUAACAGUAGCUGCUGAGCAGGGGCAGUCCAGCUCUCUGAACGAUCAGCACCUCGGCGGACAGCAGCAGCUGGAGAUGGCAGCCGCCGCAGACGGCCUGGCCUCGCCGUCGAGCGCGGGCAACUCCAACAUGGUCACUAUCGAAGCCGAGCUUCAGGAGCUUCUCUACAGCACUACGACGACGACGACGACCGACAGCGUCGUCACGCAGCAAGGGGGUGUGGACUGGUGGAGCUAUGAUCAGGGCAAGUCCCCUGUGCACUGCUGGGACUUCGCCCCUGAAACCAGCUCGGUUCUCCAGGACAACGCAGCUGUGGUGUAUGACAUGUGA